UCAGCCCUUAGAGGGGAGGUCGGGGAGCAGGUGUAGCUAGACUAAGGAGAGGCCGCCGAGCUGCGGACGCUUCGGGCCUGCGCUGCCUGCGGGCGAAUUGGGGGUCUAGGAGUGUCGUUCACUCCCGGUCUCGGAGGUGGAAGGAACAGCGUUAACUGUAUACAUCUGGCUGCUGUCGAGGGCUGAAUAAUCAAACCAUUAACACCCGGUCUGAUGUGCACCUUCGGUCCCGUUGUCACUGCGGAAAGCCCGAUUUAGUGGCGAAGAUCAAAACAACAACAAAAGAACCCAAGCCACCCGGUGGCGGGCUGCAGCUACAGCCCGGCGCGUCUAGGCUGUUAAAGGGCCCUGGGCGGGGAUUCGUGGAGUGGGCAGGUCUGAGCCGAGGGCUGAGUGUGGGCGAAAUGGCCCUGGUGCCCUAUGAGGACACCGCAGGAGUGGGGCUGCAGAAGUUCCACAAGCCUCUUGCGACCUUCUCCUUUGCAAACCACACUAUCCAGAUCCGCCAGGACUGGAGGCAGCUGGGAGUCGCAGCAGUCGUUUGGGACGCGGCCGUGGUUCUUUCUACGUAUCUGGAGAUGGGAGCAGUGGAGCUCCGGGGCCGCUCUGCCGUGGAGCUGGGUGCUGGCACCGGGCUGGUGGGCAUAGUGGCUGCCCUGCUGGGUGCUCAUGUGACUAUCACGGAUCGAAAAGUAGCAUUAGAAUUUCUUAAAUCGAACGUUCAAGCCAACUUACCUCCCCAUAUCCAACCCAGAGCUGUUGUUAAGGAGCUGACUUGGGGACAGAAUUUGGGGAGUUUUUCACCUGGAGAAUUUGACCUGAUACUUGGAGCUGAUAUCAUAUAUUUAGAAGAAACAUUCACUGAUCUUCUUCAGACCCUGGAAUAUCUCUGUAGCAUCCACUCCGUGAUUCUUUUAGCUUGCCGGAUUCGCUACGAACGGGAUACCAACUUCUUAGCAAAGCUGGAGGGAUGCUUUACUGUGAGUAAGGUUCUCUAUGAUCCUGAGAAAGAUGUCCAUGUUUACAAAGCACAGAAGAGAGACCAGAGGGAAGACUUAUAGUUGGUUAUAACUUAGGAGAACAUGGUCACUGACUUUCAGGAGCCUCUUUGCUUGUCACUUCCCUACUUCUAGUAUAUCAUAACCAGCCUUUUGAGACUAGGAACCUAACCCUGUUUAAUGAAAUGGUUUACUACACAGAGUUUGACCAAAAGUUCUCAAGGGUCAAAGCUGUGGGCAGCGUUAAAAUGAAGCAGUGUUCUGUCCCACUGCUGUGAUUU